AUGUCUGUCACUUUGCAUACUAGUCAUGGAGAUAUUAAGUUGGAAUUAUUUUGUGAAUUAACCCCAAAAACUUGUAAAAACUUUCUAGCAUUGUGUGCUAAGAAAUUUUAUGAUAAUACAAUUUUUCAUAGAAACAUUCCAGGAUUUAUCAUUUAAGGAGGUGAUCCAACAGGUACUGGUAAGGGAGGGGAAUGUAUUUAUGGAAAAUAUUUUGAAGAUGAAAUUGUUCCAGAAAUUAAACAUGAUAGACGCGGAAUAGUUUCAAUGGCAAAUGCAGGAAAAGAUACCAACUAAUCACAAUUUUUUAUUACCUAUUCAAAGCAGAAUCACUUGAAUGGUCUAUAUACUGCUUUUGGCAAAGUUAUCUAUGGAUGGGAGGCCCUGGAUUUAAUGGAGAAGGAAACAGUAGAUAAUAAUUACAAAGCACUGAAUGAGAUCAAAAUUUUCAAAACAACCAUACAUGCAAAUCCAAUAGCAGACAUCGAAUAAUUUUGA